AUGUUCUCCAAGGCUACGCUCAUCACCGUCGCUCUCGCCCUCAUGGCGUCUGCGACCCCGAUUGCUCCCAAGAAGCAGGGGAUUGCGGUUCCAUUCUCCAAGCGGUCCUCUCUCAAGAACGCGGACGGCACGUUCAACGCCGACCGCGCCAUGGUCGAGACCGCCAAGACGAUCAACAAGCACCGCGCGAACAUGAUCAACCUGGAGAAGAACGUGGGCUCCCACGUCUUCAAGGAGGGCGCGUUCAUCCGGGAGGCGGCCGUGCUCCCCGAGCACCUCGCCAAGCGCCAGUCUGAGUCCCUCACCGACGAGGAGGACGACCUCGAGUGGGCGGGCACGAUCUCCAUCGGCACGCCCGCGCAGAAGUUCCUCAUCGACUUCGACACCGGCUCGUCCGACCUCUGGAUCCCUUCGAGCUCAUGCACCUCGUCGGUGUGCAAGCAGAAGAGCCGUUACUCGGCCUCCUCUUCGUCCUCAAGCUCGAAGAAGAGCGGAACGUUCUCCAUCGAGUACGGCGAUGGUUCAACGGUCUCGGGCCCCAUCUACACUGACAAGGUCGCCGUCGCCGGCGUGUCGACGACGAAGCAGUACCUGUCGGCGGUUACGACUCUGUCGAGCAGCUUCUCCGGCGACCCGAUCGACGGUAUUCUCGGGCUCGCUUUCCCCGCUAUCUCAAACCUGAACGAGAACCCCUUCUUCUACACCGCCGUGUCCGAGGGCGCGGUCGAUGAGGGCGUGUUCGGCUUCAAGCUUGCGUCGUCCGGCUCCGAGCUCUACCUCGGCGGCACCAACGACGACCUCUACUCAGGCUCGCUCGAGUACCACGACGUCGACACCUCGAACGGCUUCUGGCAGAUCACUUCCGCGAAGGCUUACGUCGGGAGCAAGGCCGCCGUUUCCGGCUUCGAGACUAUCAUCGACUCCGGCACCACCAUCAUGUACGGCCCGCCCUCGGCGGUCAAGACAUUCUACAAGGCAAUCUCCGGCUCGGGUGUGUACGACUCGUCCGAGGGUUACUAUUAUUACCCGUGCGACUCGCCCCCGACGGUUUCGUUCGCGUGGGGCAGCGGCAAGAAGUGGGAGAUCACCGAGGAGAACUUCAGCCUCGGUGAGACCGAGAGCGGCUCCGGCAAGUGCGUCGGCGCGCUCGCUGGCCAGGACCUCGGUCUCGGCUCCUCUGUCUGGCUCCUCGGCGACUCGUUCAUGAAGAACGUCUACACCGCGUUCUCCACCGACAACGAGGCCGUCGGCUUCGCCGCGCUCUCAUAA